GUUAGGAUUAGUUGUUGACACCUAGCUAAUGGGGGUGUUGUCAUGGUUACAGAAGCUGUACAUAGUGUGUGAUGUGGCUCUGUUCGUCAUCGUCAACAAGAGCACCGCCUGUCACCUGGAGGCUCCCAAAGACCCCAUCCUGCCUGCUAACUUCUUCCUGCCCCAGGACAAGGAGUUUGUGAACGAUAAGGACUACCUGACCUCAGACAUCAGGCAGAUGCUGCUCACAGGCAAGCCCAAGCCCAGCCCUGUGCUGGCAGCAGUGAACAAACCCCUGACAGUGCCUGGCAGGAGAGUCUACACCAAGACCUCUGACCCAGCCAGCAACACCAGCUCUCCCCAGCCCAGCCUCCCCCCGCCCUCAAGACCAGGGAAGCUGGGGUGGAGUUGGAGAGCGGAGCGAGGAGAACGAGGAGAACCCUGUCAUCAAGCCUCAGGAGGAGAAGAAGGUGGAGGUGGCCCAGAAGGUGACCUCUGACCCCACAACAGGAGCGUCUCCCGCCAAACGCCGCGGCCGACCACCUAAGUCUGCUGCCACGGCACCAUCUCCCCUGGCAUCAGAGAAAGAGAGCGGGACGGGGGGGCGGGGGCCGGGAGAGGCAGGAAGAGGGCUGUACCCAGCCAAGACCCCGCCUCUGACCCUGCAGUUGAGCCAAUUAACAUCAAGAUACCAAAACAGCAGCAGCAGAGAGAGGACGGGACAAAGAGACAAAUAGACC